AUGGUAGACUUCACUCAACAGCCCCUUAAGGGCGUAUACGCAAUCUGCGCCAUUGGCUUCGAGAUUUUCCGUCUUCCAGUGUAUCUUGUUACGUUUCUUUUUGGAUUCACUCGCCAGCACCCUAAAUGGACUUUCCGCCAGGCCAUCAGCAUGCGCAUCUUCUCCUCGGUCCUCUGGCACAUCGCAGAACUGCAAGUUGGAACGCCAAUUCCCCUGACGCCGGGCGCCGAAAAAGAGCGAUUCAUUCUUGUCAAGCCGGCCAAGUCUGAUGUUUAUAAAGGACCGCUAAGGAGCAACAAAGAUGUAGUACCCAUAGAGAUCGGCGCAACCUGGUAUCCAGCGCCAUUGACAGCUGGUAGCGAUAAGACCAGAACAAAAGUCAUCCUGCACACCCAUGGAGGCGCAUUCGUCCAUGGCGAUGGAAGAACCCAGGCAAGCGGCUUCAUGGCAAAACUGCUACUCAAACACACGCCAGCAACCCACGUUUUCUGCCCACAAUACCGACUCUCCACCCUCCCUGCCUCACCGACAUCAAACCCCUUCCCAGCCGCCCUCCAAGACGUCCUAACCUCGUAUCUCUAUCUCCUCAACGAUCUCAAGAUCCCAGCAAAUAACAUCAUUGUCUCCGGCGACUCCGCAGGCGGCAACCUCACCAUCGCCCUCCUCCGCUACAUAACCGAAUACGGCGCUGAACUCGGUCUCCCCAUUCCCUCUGCCGCGCUUCUCUGGUCUCCCUGGAUCGACCCCUCAGACACAUCCUGCUCCUACGUCCACAACAACAGGAACUACAAGACCGAUUACCUAUCCCCGCCUCUCACAAAAUGGGGUGCGAAUGCGUAUGCGGGUCCAGCAGGCGAGAAAGUGCUGUCGUCACCGUAUAUCUCGCAUAAGUACAAUAUGUUCACGACGAAAGUGCCUAUGUGGGUGAAUGUUGGGGGCAGCGAGAUUUUGUAUUUUGAUGGGGUCGAGUGGGCCAAGAAAAUGCAGGAGGCGGGGAAUGAGGUUGUGCUGGAUGUGGAGGAGAAUGUGCCGCAUGAUAUUCUGUUGUCGGGGGGUAUACUGGGGUUUAAGGAGGAGGCGCAUAAUAUGGCGAAGAGGGUGGGGGAGUGGUUGAAGGGGCAGUAA